AGGAGAUCUGCUAUAAACCAUGUCUGUGUCGCUGCACGCAAUAUACCCAGAGCCAUUCGGCCCAUCUGGACUCUUCUACUCUUUCUCCCCUGGUGAAUCAUUGAAUGUUUGUUUCACUGUUUACUUUGGGAAGGUGAAAAGGGUAGACACAAAAUGCUGGAGUAACUCAGCAGGACAGGCAGCAUCUCUGGAGAGAGGGAAUGGGAGACGUUUCGGCUCGAGACCCAUCUUCAGACGAAAACGGAUAGAACAAGCAGAGGAUAUUGAUGCUCGGGAAUCUCAAACUCCUUCAGUUAACCAGCACCUGAACGCGUGGGAGGGAUUCACUGUGUCAACUGAGCCGACGAGGCACCAUAAAUUCCCCAGCAUGGAGACAUUAUUCACUAGCUCUGAGAGUGAGCUGGGAUUCACUCAAUCUUCCCACCAGCAAGAUCACGCUGUGGAGAAACCAUUUCCCUGUCCCGAUUGUGGGAAGGGAUUCACUCAAGCAAACAACCUGAAGAGACACCAAAAGCAAGUUCACGCUGAACUUGUCCAGAUUGCCCAGAAAACAAUUCCCUGUCCCGAUUGUGGGAAGCGAUUCUCUCAGGCCGGCAACCUGAGGACACACCAGAUAAUUCACACAGGGGAGAAGCCCUUCAUCUGUCCUUUGUGUGGGAAGGGAUUUACUGCAUCAUCUGGGCUGCAGACACAUCAGCUGAUUCACACCGGGGAGAGGCCGUUCACCUGCUCUGAGUGUGGGAAGGGGUUUAUGCAGUUAUGCCACCUACAGUCACACCAGCGGAUUCACACUGGGGAGAGGCCGUUCACCUGCUCUGAUUGUGGGAAGGCGUUCAUUCAAGCCGGCAACCUAACGACACACCAGAUAAUUCACACGGGGGAGAAGCCCUUCACCUGCUCUGUUUGUGGGAAGGGAUUGACCUCAUCAUCGAGGCUACUGACACAUCAGCUGAUUCAUACCGGGGAGAAGCCGUUCACCUGCUCUGGUUGUGGGAAGGGUCUGAAGCAAAGAUCUUAUAUAGGGUGGCACCAGCGAACUCACUCCGGGGAGAGGCCGUUCACCUGCUCUGAGUGUGGGAAGGGAUUCACUGCACUGUCCGGGCUGCAGAGACACCGGCAGAUUCACACGGGAGAGAGGCCGUUCACCUGCUCCGUGUGUGGGAAAGGGUACGUACAAUUGUCGAAUCUCAGGACACACUACCAGCUUCACACCGGGGAGAAACCCUUCACCUGCUCUGACUGCGGCAAGGGAUUUACUCAACUAUCGGGACUACAGAAACACCAGCGGAUUCACAGCGGGGAGCGGCCGUUCACCUGCUAUGAGUGUGGGAAGGGGUUUAUACAAUCCUCUCACCUGCAGUCACACCAGCGAAUACACAUUGGAGAGAGGCCGUUCACCUGCUCUGUGUGCGGGAAGGGGUUUAUUGAUUUCUCUGGGCUACAGAGACACGAGCAGAUUCACAGCGGGGACAAGCCAUUCAUCUGCUCUGAGUGUGGGAAGGGAUUCAGUGAUUCUUCCAGCUUGCUGACCCACCGGCGAAUUCACACUGGGGAGAGGCCGUUCACUUGUUCCGUGUGUGGGAUGGGGUUUGUACAAUUAUCUCAGCUACAGACACACCAGCCUAUUCACACCGGGGAGAGGCCGUUCACUUGUUCUGAGUGUGGGAAGGGAUUUAUACAUUUAUACCGGCUACGUUCACACCAGCGGAUUCACACUGGCGAGAGGCCGUUCGCCUGUCCUGUGUGUGGGAAGGGAUUCACUGGGUUGAACUACCUGAAAAAACACGAGCGACUUCACACCACGGAGAGGCCGUUCACUUGUUCCGUGUGCGGGAAAGUAUUUCUAGAUGUGUCUCGGCUGCAAUUGCACCAGCGAACUCACACCGGGGAGAGGCCGUUCAUCUGUUCUGAGUGCGGGAAGGGGUUCACUAGGUUGAUCUACCUGAAGAGACACGAGCAAGUUCACACCGGGGAGAGACUGUUCAUCUGCUCUGAGUGCGGGAAGGGAUUCACACGGUUUUCCAACCUGAAGACCCACCAGCAAGUUCACGCCGUGGAGAAGACACUUGCCUCUCCCAACUGAUACUAGUAACCUGGUGGCCCAGCAGGGAAUUCACACUGGGUAGGGGCUGCUCACAUGUCUGUGCAUGUCUGUUUAUUGUCACUUGUGUCGAGGUACAGUGAAAAGCUUUUGUC